AAAACCCCGGCAUUUGAUCUGCUUCAAACAAUGGACAGAGGAAAUGGUGAUGGGCAUCAUAAACAGUGCGAUAAACCUUAAAUGCUGCUUCCGAGACACGCAUAAUCAAAGACUGAAUGUGCUAUCAGAUUCAAAAGUGAUGAUAUUACAAGAAAUCAACGAGCCUGUACUAAAUAUGGCUGUGUCCAAGGCUGCCACGCUUUUGGGAGCUUACGAUGUUCAUAUCAUAGACAAUUUGGUGUGGGACCAAGAUUAUCUUGGCAGAGUGUUCUCGUUCAUGUCAGACGCCAUAUUUGUAGCGACCUCUACGCACAUGUGCGUCCAGCGGUUCGCCGACCAGUCAUCGGUGCCUGUGACUUGUAUGAAGUCAAGAACGCAUGCCAGCAUACAAUCACUCUCCACUGUUAUGUCUAUUAUAGAAGAGUUUGGUACAUUGAAAGGUGUAAAUAUAAGUUACUUGGGAGCUCCACAUCCAGUACUGAAUUCUUACUUACUUCUGUGCCCAAUGUUGGGCGCUAACAUUAGAUUUAAAUGUUGCUGCAAGAAAUGUCCUGUCAGUCCCCUUUUAUUCAAAGCGAGUGAAGAAAUAUCAAGCAAGUCCUACACAGAAAUGAAAGAGUGCUUGAACAAAGACGACGUGCUUAAAAAUGCGUGUGUGGUUAUAGCUGGGCCUACUACCAAUAAACAAGACAAAAUUGAUGAAUUUCGAAUAGGCAUAGAGGAUAUAGAAAAACAGUCUUGUUGCCAUUGGAUUUUCUUCCACACAUGUCCCCGUGGGAAAGAAGUAGAUGAUGUUCUUUUUAAUCAUUGGAAUGCUCGGACCUUCAAUGUAUUUGAAAAUAUGCACUUCAUUGCAGCAGCCCUGAUGGCAUAUGGAAUCAAGAAUUACACAUUUUGA